GAAAAAGGCAUGCCUGCUCGGAUUCAUGAAUAAAAAACCAAGGGGGAGUUAAGUUCACAGGACGCAGGGAAGUUCUCCGCAGACAAAUGUUCGGCGGCGCUGAUCUCCAUCACAGAGAAGCUGCGCGUAAAACCCCCCGAGAAGUCAGCUGCGGGCGCACGGAGCGCUGCUGCACUCUCCGCUAACAAGAGACCGGACAGGCGCUUCAUCGAGGGAACAGAGGAAGAGGAGGGGAAGAGGAGAUAGAGAGAUAGAGAGAGAGAGGCUGAGAUAGAGAUCCUAUCUCACUCUCCCCAGUUGAGGUCUUCAGCGGAUCGUUCAGCGGAUCGCAACUGCAGGACAAUGUCUAGCAAAGCGACUUUAGCCUUACUCAUCUAUGGAAUCAUAAUGCACUACAGCGUCAACUGCUCACCUGUGGGGCUUAGCUUCCCCACUGUUAGACUUGACAGUGAGGUUUAUGAUGAGGAUGGAAAUUCCUUACCGUCCCUGGAUUAUGACAGAGACCAAAUGGAUGUGAGAAACCCUCCGCCUGUCGAUGGUGACGUCUACACUUUGUAUUACCCUCCAGACAAAAGAACGGAAAGGCACGCAGACGGCAUGUUUAAUAAAGCCUACAGGAAAGCGCUGGGUCAGAUAUCAGCAAGGAAAUAUCUGCAAUCUCAGAUGGCAAAACGUGUAGGCGGGGGGAAAGUGUUGGAGGACAGCUCAGAGCCCCUGUCCAAGCGACACUCAGACGGGAUCUUCACAGACAGCUACAGCCGCUACCGAAAGCAAAUGGCAGUGAAGAAGUACCUGGCGGCCGUCCUGGGGAAAAGCCUUGAAGACAUAGGUUUUCACCAUAUCCUACAAGACAUAGACUUUGACGCCCUCCCGGACGGGGAUGAGUUUGAGGCUUUUUUGGGGGACUGGCUGAAACAGUUCUCCCCCGAAUUUCCGGUGAGUGUCAGGCUCUUUCCCGAGGCCGUGUCCUUGCAGGGGGGCGUCUCUCACGUCCCUCCCUUUUUUUUCUCUCACCCUUAACUCUGAACCUUGUGAUCUUGCUCCAAACGCUCAAAUCCAACUCUUCUUCCACCUCAUUUGUGCUCCUGUCUCUCUCGAGUCCGGCAGAUUUCACCUUUAAUCCCGCAGCGUACAGGCUGAACGUGGAGAGGCUUUGACUGAUAUGUUAUACAUAUCACCGCUGAUUGAUAUGAAAGGCAGAGAUUUAUCCGCAUCCUGUCACUGGAUGGAAGGAUGAUUAACGAUAACUAUUUUAUCAGAUCUGGUUCAAACCAGACGUGAGCCCUGCUGGCUUUCAAAGUGCCAGUUUUAUAAGUCAAGAUAGGAAAAAACGAAAAAAAAAAUAAUCUGAGAUGAGGACCAGAGUACUUUUGAGGUUUUUCUUGUCCUUUUCUUCCGCAGUGUUUACAGAGUGAACUUUCACCUUUGACUCGUGUAAAGUGCCAAUCUUGUGUUUCUCUCAACUGUGUGUUUGGAAACUCUUACUCUGCUGAAGGUUUCCUCAUGUCUCUCUGCCCAUAUAAUAAGUAUCACUGCAUUUAAAGCACCACCAGGCAAAUUUCUAAAAAGGCAUAAAAAAAUCCAAGACACAAAGAAGUGAUACUUGUUACAUGGCGACUAAACCAUCGAUUUGUUUCUUUGUGAGAGACACAUGAGGCAGUUUGGACUUUUGUGUUUGAACCUUCUGGGUCUAUUGUGCUUCCCUUUUCUGUCAUGUGAACCAAUGUAAAAAACUACAGUAGAAUGCAUGAUUAAAGUAAUUGCACUAGCCACUGCAUCUCUGCAGACGACUCCAACUAGAUGGUUUUGCUUUCUGACUACUGCAAACAUAUAUAUAUACAUUAUUUACCUGUCACCUUUCUCGAUGUUGUUUUGUGUUCUGUUCUCCUCACUGAAGCUUGUCGUCAGUUGAAGAAUUACCCUGAAUGUCCAUAUCCUCUGUUACUGAACCAUCAAGAAAAACUGCAAUUAAAGUAGUUUACCCAUCGUCUUAAUCAUCACGAUUGAAAUGACAAUUGAAUUGAGGGAAUUGAAAAGUAUAAGCUGCAAGUAGAGAGGAAUAAAACACAGUUAGAGAGACAUUGAGAGAAAGACAAUAAAGGAACAAGAACACGAGGCAAGGUUCAUAAAUCACUGAAACUCACUUGUAGUAUUCACACUUCUUCCCAGUUCCUACAUACAUCAGGUAAAAUGUUGCAGAAAAAAACAAACAAAAGUUAAUCUUUAGUUUUCAAAGAGCAGGGUAAAAAGUUAUUUGAUUUGUGUUUAUUGUAUAAAUCUUUCUUUGAUUUUGCAUUCUCCUCUAGGCUUUGUGACGCAGGAAGCAGUUUGCGGCUGUGGUGCCUUGCAUCGACUUUAAAAAUCGCCAUGAAUCACAGGUGGCUAUUUAGUGGCCCUACAAUGCUGCACAUCAUCAGCUUAUAUUUCACCCUUUCUGUUGUUGUUUUUGU